AUGCACCAGACGUUCUGUCACUCGCUCUCGUCCGUGUCCUUGUUGACACCGACGUCGGCGGACUUGGAUCGUUGCGCCUCGUUGCGGCUUAGAACUCAAAGCGGUGUCAGUACCGAUAGCUCUGCAAUCUCUGAUGGCUUAGAAGCAUUCUCCACAUCCAAUAGACAAUGCAACAAGACUAUUGGCCACCAAUUGGUGCUCUAUCGCGUUCAUUCAACACAUCAAGUGAUGGUCAUGUCUACAGACCUGCAUUGUGCAUCCUUGAUUACUCUUGAUGAUGAUGGAGCCAAAAACCAAGAGGAUACUAGGCUACUACGGCUUGGGAUUAAUGGCACGACGAUCACUUUAAGAGCGGUAACGCAUAGAGCAGCAGAGUAUUGGGUCGAUGGCUUGCAGCGCAUUCGAGAUGGCAAACCUUUGCGUAGUUUGCUUGAUCCUCCUGCGUGCACGGAAUCUGAGGACAAAUUAUUCGAUGAGAUUGACGAAAUACUUUCUCUGCGCAAGUGUUCUCCCCCAUCAUCCUCUCGAAGGCUAUGUGGGCUCAGCAUAAUGGCUCGCGAGCUUGAAAAUUCGAGUAUAGUCAUGUUGCAUAAAGCCGAGCUGUCGGAUAGAGAUGCUUCAGCUGGCUGUAAAAUCUGCUAA